GCUGCUGCUGCUGCUGCUGCUGUUGUUGCUGCUACAGGCUCCGGGCCCGGGCGCGUUAGAUCAGAAACUCCGACAGAGCAGCCCAGGUGCCCAUGGGCUGGACAAUGAGGCUGGUGGCAGCAGCCCUGUUUCUGGGCUUCACAGUGGUGGUCACCAGAGCCCAGGUGAGACUGAGCCCGUGUGCAAGCACGCCUCUGCCGGAUGAGGAUGCUUCCUUCUGCAAGGGCAGCCUUGAAGUUUCCUACACAGAGCUGGAGAACAUCAGCUGCAAGGUAGUCCCCAACUGCGACAACUACAGGGAGAAGAUCACCAGCUGGCCGCCACCGCUGGUCAAGUACCCGGAGGCUUCGGAGAGUGCAACCUACAUGCUGGUGAUGGUGGACCCUGAUGCCCCGAGCAGGUCAACGCCCCUGGCUCGGUUCUGGAGACACUGGCUGGUGACAAACAUCGCAGGCACUAACAUGAAGAUGGGGAAGAUACAGGGUCAGGAGUUAUCGCCCUACCAGCCUCCCACCCCACCACCACGAACUGGCCUCCACCGCUACCAGUUCCUCAUCUACAUUCUGACAACACAGAACAUCUCUCUCCUUCCACAAGAAACCGUAAGUCCAGGCGCUUGGCAACUGGACCAAUUUCUGACACGCUUCAACCUGAAGGAACCUGCAGCAGCCACCCAGUUCAUGACCCAAAAUCACAUGGACCCACCACCAGUCCGAGCUCCCGGGGGCGGAGGAGGUGGCAAUGUCCAGAUUCCCCCCGGAGGAGGGAGCAGUGAGCCCACAUACAAACCCAAACAGGCCUCAGGCCUUGCCUUGCCGGUGUGCAUCCACAUCGCCCACCACCUAUGGUCUGGGUGAGAAGCCGCCUCUGGGUGUGGAACCCCUUCUCUCCCCAAUUAAAAAUAUC